AUGCUGCAGUCGUUGCCUCCGCCCCUACUCGCGUCCAUCCUCCAGUAUGCCAUCAAGGACCUGCAGCCAGACCUGGGCCCUCACAAGCGGGUGCUCCCCAUGAAGCGUCUGCAAGAGCUGGCGCUGGUGUGCAAAGCCACCCACGCCCUCAUCGCCCCCAUGGCGGAAACCCUUCAAGAUGGAAUAUUUUAUCAAGGUCUGGAGGAUUUCGCGGGUCCUGAAGACGUAGAGGAAGUCCUAGAAGAAAUAAAAGAAUACGGAGCUCCAGUGCGUGACUUCCGACUGCGGUUGGGUCCGUACGAGCCAAGUCGCGGGCCGCACGACCCGAGAAACUUUGAUUUCAGCGACCCUGAGCCCCAGAGUUAG